AUGGUAGUGGUCUCUCCUCAGCGCCCUGUUCGAGAGCGAAACUCGAAGAGUUUAUCCCCGCGACGUCCAGCACCAACUCAUACGGAGCCGCCACCGGGUUCCGCCGUGCGUCAUACGAGGUUUAACCACAAGAGCAUAGAGAGGCUACGAAGCAUAGGCUUUCCCAGGGCCAAUGGAGGGGGCUUUGUAACCUCUAAGGGUGGUGGACUCAGCGCAAGCGAGGUUGCUCUGCAAGGAUGUCACCAACAGAAAAGCGAUUCUGUGAAAAAUAUUAUUCCCCAAGUGGCAGAUUUGGAGAGGACGGGGCCGAACAUAAUCAUCGAGGGAACCAAGAUGGACACGGACGGGGAAAAGGCGGGCAAUCUCAAGCUUCGGGCUUUCCAGCGAGGCAUUGCUUCCGUCGAAAGUGGAGGCCGGCCUUCAAGUGACGAAGCAGUGGCAUGCAUGUCCGAUCAAGGGGAAAGGUCUUCACGCACGGGGUCGAGGCCAGAGCAACAGAGCUGUUCGGGAGCCGAAUACUUCGACGACGCGGGCGACGACUUAGACUCGAAGGGCCCGGCCACUGGCGUCUGCACGGCAGCGGAAGUGGAAGAUUUCGAUCUGGCGCUGAUGAAACCCUCUCAGCCGGCUGCCACGGCGAGAAAGGCGCGCUUUAGCAGCGCCAACGCGUGCAGCGUGCGAAAGGAUAUGACGAGGAAGACCCGCCAUCUUCUAAUGCCGGUGACUGGCGAUCUAAAGCAAGCUGAUUCCCUCGUUUCUUCUGUGGGUAUGCGGGCGGCUGCUCAGGACGGGGUCAAGGGGCGAGGAGGGAAGGCGGCUGGUGGGGGAGGAGGAGCAGGGGCGAACAAUGGACGGCUUCCAGUCGGGGACGACACGGUGGAAGGGCCGGAGGUGUCGGGGAUGAGCACAGCCCCCGCAGCAGGAGAAGAGGGGCACGUUGUCGCGGGGGACCACAAGGACGGCGUGGAGUUCCAGCAACAACGGAGACCAAUGUCAGCAUCACAUUUCGACAGCAGCAACAUUUUCAGCAUUUUCCACGCCCCACAUCAUGCCAACCGACACGUGUAUGUCCAGGAGAGAGACCUGAGAGAACGGCCUGUCACGUCUAGAACAGAAUAUAUCAGGGCGUGCGCCGAGCUUUCUCUGUCUCCCAUUCCAGUUUUCGACCAACUACUGGCCUUCGGAAGCAAAUGUGGAAAUUGCUCUGUUGCGGCAGCAGAAGACGCAGGGGAAGACUUAGACAGUAUACCACUUUUCGAUCUAGAUCUCAGGAGCUACGGGUUAGGACCCAAGCGGUCGCUCGCCUUGGCGGCAUUCUUGAAGAAUUUCCGAGUGGCAACGCUCCGGUCACUCAACAUCGAGGACUGUGGCGUGCCAGAAUCAGCCAUGGUAUCCAUUUUGCAAGCUCUGAAGGAGGAGGGCCGAGGGCUCGUUUCCCUCGACAUUUCCGGGAAUCAGAUCAAGAGAACGAGUACGGCUGAGGUUCUUUCAGAGCUGUUGGAAGCCCCGGCUUCGUCUCUCAAGAUCCUCCGACUGCGCGGCUGCAGCGUGUCCUUGGCAGCGCUCACGGCCCUCUUGCCCCCGAUGUAUGACCGCCGGUCCAGCGUGAAAUCGCUCUGCUUAUCUCGAAAUGGAUUUGGAGGCGAGGGACGCAAAGUACCCUUCACGAGCCUUGAGCAGCGUUCAGGCGAACCGAGCCCAUUCAACUCCUGCCGUAGAAUAGAAAAACAGGUGGCCGAUGCCCUCGUGGAAGCACUCAAGGAAAACCAAACGCUCACCAGGGUAGAGCUGGGCUACGCGGGGCUGGGGGAAGAGGCUUGCUUGCGGCUAUCGGAGGUGCUGCUAGAAAGCAAUUAUGGCAUCAGGGCUCAGAGGCGUCUAUGGACAGGCGUAGACGGCACCGCUAUCGGUCCUUUCGGGGCCCAGGCGCUGCUGCUGGCAAUGGGUGUUGUACGGAGACGGGAACCUGGCUCAAACGGCAACAACAGCGGCGGGGCCGACGACGGCGAAGAAGCAGAUCGCUACCAAAGCACGGGGGGGCGGAGCGACGGAAGCCGCAGCAGCAGCACGAACAACAGCCAAACGAGCAAGAGGAGCGUACCGAGCCGUGAGAACAGCGGGGAUACCGACAGCUGCGUUGGCGGAGGGAACGGGGCUUGGCUGACCGUUGACAUGGCGCAUUGUUGCUUGGCGAGGAAAGCGCCCGACGGCGGGUCGGUCGACAGGGCGGUCAACGCGUCGGCGUUCGACCCAACGUCGCCCAACGGGGAAUACACGCUGGACUUGUCGAACGCGCUCGAUCGACACGUCGCCCGUUGGCUGCAGAGGCUGGCCAGCACCCAGUCUGGCAAGUGUUGGGUUCAAUCGAAGCUCAACAAGAAGAUCGAAGCCGGAGGCGACGGUGUGGACAGUCUCGUCGGCGUGCAGCUGGCGGAAACGAUCAUGAGCCUCCAUCCGGUCACGCUCGCGCAAGGACACGCCAUCCUUUCGGCCUUCAGGAACGGAACGCUAGACGGGAACCCAUUCGUGUAUCCUAAGGGAGGCGGUUGGGUGCCUCCGCCACAGGGUCUACUGUGCAUGGACUACGUCUCGCCCUUUGAACCGGCAUACACGGAAGCCGGAGAGGAAACAUCGCCGUCGCCGAUGACAGACCAAGAAUUCCGAGUGUUCAUGGCCACCCACGUAAUCCUCGAGGACCAGCCCGCUCCUAUACAGGGGGAGGUCGCCGAGGCACUUAUCGCCGAUGCUUUUCAAGCUUUUGACAAGGGUUACGCCAAUGUCGGCGACAUGUCAUGGGUCCUUCAAGCACAGGUCCGUGACGCCAUCGCCGAGGUCCAGACUAUCCAGCACGAAGAAGACUCGUCUGCUACGGUUGAUGAUGACAAGCACGGCGAUAACAACACGGGUGGUGCCAACCAAGUGGAUGACGACAGCGAGAGCGGAGACCAACAAAAGAUUGAGACUAGCACGGGCAACAGCACCAAUGAAGCAAAUGUCAAGGAGGAAGAUGGGGCGGACAACGAAGGCGAGGGUGGCAAAGCUAAGGUCAAACAACAGCUUGACCAGAAGGAUUUCGCGAAUGUGUGGAGGUUGCUAAUGGUGCGCGAGUUGGCCGAUAGGCGGCUACCGACGCUCAGGAGGCUUUCUUCAGGAAUCUGGCUCUCCACCGACCAACUAGCAAGGAUCUUUUACGCCCUCAAGCCCCCAUCUCCCUUCAAUCCUCGUCCGUGCCGUGGAAAGCUCCCCGACGAGGACAUGGUACGAGUAGGAGACGCCUUGGGAUGGCUAAAUGUGUUCAACCCAUUUCGCCCGGACGGAACAUUCCGGUUAAAUCUCAACCGUCCCGACGAGAAGCGAGUGGCGGCCGCCGUGAUGGAGUUGGUCCGGAUUCCGAUGCAUAUUGGAAAGGCGGCUCUCAUGCAGGCGUUUCCUUCGGGAGCGUUCGGAGCCCACACCGAAAACUUUGUACCGCCCAAGACUUGGAAGAGAGCUCUGCCGUCCUCCGGUCGGUGGUCUUUCAAAUUGGCCGUGGAGUCACAGAGGACUGAUCCAUCGUCCACUGUGCCCCCUUCAAACGAGAACGUCGGUGACAACAACGGGAGCAACGACGUCGACAACGACAAUGGCAAGGUGGCGCAGCAAGAAGAAGUGCAGCAAGAGCGGGACAGCUUCGCUGAUAAGGAUCCUUCCUCCGCCGGCGAAGGCAUCCAACCGAAAGACGAAACCCAAGGACAAGGAGCAAGCACCAACGAAAAUAUUCGGUCUACUCCAGAGACCUCAGAUGUUGACGACACGAUCGGCGACCCAUCACCUGUUGUCCAAACAGUGGCCGUUGUCGCUGAUGCCACUGAACGGGGCUUUGACCUUUGGCCUGGCAGGGCCACAUGCCGUGAAGUAUGUGAGAAAUAUCUAUGCUGGGAGCUCGAAGACGAUGACUUUCGCGUGCCAGACGAGAGGGUAGGGGGGGAGGGUGACGCCGUAGAAAGCGGUCUGGGGGACACCGAGGAGCAGAGGGAGGAAGAGGUCGCGGUAAGGGCGGCCUUGAUGAGGCGGCAGGCGAAGCUGCUGGCCGCUCUGAGGGGCAUGCAGACUAACGACCAAGCGGGUGGUGUUGAUGUCGAAUGA